AUGAAACCUAUAAAAAUCAAAAAUAAUGAAAAUGUAAAUCCAUUGCCUUAAAGAUCUAAUAUAAAAAGAAUCAAUGUAUGAAAAUAAAAUAGUUUAGAUCACCUCUACAGAAUUAUUUGAAAAUUCUGUAUAACUAAAUAUCUCUCCUUUAAGGUUGAAAGUAGAGAAUGAUGCCUAAUCAUAUUUAGAAGCAAUUAGUGCAUUUCAAACAGUUGAAAUAUAGAACCCAACAGUAAAAGAAAGAGCUAAAAGUGUUAGUAAUUCAAUAGAUAUUUAUAAUAAUAGUGGAAGAUUCUGAUUUUGGGGCAUGGUAAGAAUAAAGAUAUAUUUUACCUUAUUCCAAUUAAAAUAGAUAAUCUUAUAAAAAAGAAUAAAAAAGCUGCUAAUUUAAGAUUAGACAAUAAUCUCCUAAAAUAUAAUAAUAAAAUAAAAUAACAAAUAAAAUAAUAUAAUAUCCAUUGACAGGUUAUUUAGAAAGAAAUAUUAAUCAGUUUUUUUAACGAGACAAAUAUUUUAAAAUAAUAUAGAAUAUAACUGGAGCAAAUCAUAGAAAAUAAACAAAAAAAAUAUUCCCAAGCAGUACUCAAAAUAGCAGAGCUUAAUCAUCAUUAUCAUUUUAACUUUGA